UAUACGACGAGAAUACCUGGGAUUGACAACAAACCCUGUUCGGCGACUACUUUCGCCGUUUUCGCACCAAUUAGCGUUUUAAAGUUGCGCUUUUUGAGGAGACAACAUGGAAAAUGUACACCUGGCCGUUGAGGAGGAUGAUAUUUACUCGGGAUACAACGACUAUAAUCCAACUUUUGAUACCGAGGAGCUGGAUAAUGAUGUGGGCUUCCAAGAAGCAGUUAGGACCAGUCAUGGAAGAAGACCCCCGAUAACCGCUAAAUUUCCUGGCACCGCCACAGGAGGACGCCCUCUACCUUCUUCCUUUGGGAAUCGGAUGCCCAUGACGUCUUCAAUGGGCCGGCCCGUGACUGGAACUGUACUGGAUGGAGCGGCUCGACCCAUGUCUGCAGUCAGAGCCGCUGGCUUCACUUCGUCACGAGCGCGUGGCUCAACCUUUGACCCGCUGGGCCAGUCCAGAGGCCCUGCACCUGCACUUGAAGAAAAGAAAGAAGAUUUGCCUGAGGAGAAGAUCAAGAUCUUGGAAAAGAAAGUGAACGACCUGAUAACAGAGAGCUGCAUGGCACAAAGCAUGGGCAAUUCACAACUGGCUCUUGAAAAAGCCAAAGAGGCCGAGAGGAAGGAGAGAGCACUGGUGAGACAGAGGGAGCAGUCUGGCAACGUAGAACAAAUCAACGUAGAUCUGACCUACGCUAUCCUUCUCAACCUGGCUAACCAGUAUGAAAACAAUGAAAUGUAUCCAGAGGCCCUGAGUAGCUACCAACUCAUCGUGAAGAACAAGAUGUUCACCAACGCAGGACGUCUGCGGGUCAACAUGGCCAACAUCUUUGUCAAGCAGAAGAACUACCCCAAAGCCAUUAAGUUCUACCGCAUGGCGCUGGACCACAUCUCAGACGACUACAAGGAGAUGAGGAUCAAGAUCAUGCAGAACAUCGGCACGGUCUUCGUCCUGCUGGGCCAGUACUCGGACGCCAUCACGUCCUUUGAGCACAUCAUGAGCAAGAGUCCCAACAUCAGGACCGGCUACAACCUCAUCCUGUGCUACUACGCCACCAGAGACGGGGAUGCAAUGAAGAACGCCUUCCAGAAGCUCCUCUCUGUCCCGCUGGGCAUCGACGACGAAGACAAGUACAUCUCCGCUAAUACGGAGCCGCCUGUGAGUGCCUUUAGAAGGUGGAGGGGCCCACAGCAGUUGAGAAGAGCGAUACGUGCUUUCAGGUCAAAGUCUCCAACAAGACCAGAAAAAGGCCCUAGAUUUAUCGAUGACAUUAGAUCCAACAUGUUGGUGGAGGCCAUUAAGAAUGACAAGCUGCACCAAAUGGAGAGAGAAUUAAAAGCUCGGGCUGAGAAGUACGUGAUGACGGCCGCCAAGCUCAUCGCUCCAGCUAUCGAGGUUUCUUUCGCCGCUGGAUUUGACUGGUGCGUAGACAUGGUGAAGAGCUCUCAAUACGUUGAGCUGGCCAACGAUCUGGAGAUUAACAAAGCCAUCACCUACCUCAGACAGAAGGACUUCAACCAGGCAGUGGCAAUACUGAAGACAUUUGAGAAGAAAGACAGCAGAGUAAAGAGCGCCGCUUCCACCAACCUCUCUGCUCUGUUCUUCCUGGAGAAGGACUAUGACCAGGCAGAGCGUUACGCCGAUCUGGCCAUGAUAGCUGAUCGCUACAAUCCAGGUGCUCUCGUCAACAAGGGCAACACAGAGUUUGUCAAACAGGACUACGUGAAGGCAGCAGAGUUCUUCAAGGAAGCCCUGAGGAACGACUCCUCCUGCACCGAGGCCCUCAGAAACCUGGGUCUCACUUACAAGAAGCUGAAUCGUCUGGAGGACGCGCUGGACUGCUUCCUGAAGCUCCACGCCAUUCUCAGGGAUAGCGCCGAGGUCAUGUAUCAGCUGGCCGACACCUAUGAGCUUCUGGAGGAUCCCCAGCAGGCCAUCGAGUGGCUGAUGCAGGUCAUCAGCGUGGUCCCCAACGACCCCAAGGCUUUGGCCAAACUGGGAGACCUGCACGACGUGGAAGGGGAUAAAUCCCAGGCAUUGCAUUACUACUGUGAGUCCUUCAGGCUCUUUCCUUGCAACAUCGAAGUGAUCGAGUGGUUGGCGGCCUACUACGUCCAGACGCAGCUCUAUGAGAAGGCCAUUCAGUACUUUGAGAGAGCCAUACUUGUACAGCCAAGCGAGGUGAGGUGGCAACUCAUGGUGGCCAGCUGUUACAGGAGAAGUGGAAACUACCAGAAAUCUCUAGAUACAUACAAAGAAAUCCACCGCAAGUUUCCUGAGAACGUGGAAUGUCUACGCUUCCUGGUGAGGCUCAGUCAGGACAUGGGCCUGCAGGAAGUCCAAGACUAUGCUGCCAAGAUGAAGAAGGUGGAGAAGAUGAAGGAGCUCAGAGAGCAGAGGGUGAAGUCUGCACGAGAAGGCAGUGCACGAGGCCGGAGAGAAGGCAGCGCUGGAAGUGUCGACAGUGGCCGCAGCAGCAGCAGUAACAAAGGAGAGCGUUUGGGCGCCCAGGUGAUGUCACUUCCUGCUUCCAACGAGCCCUACGAGAGCAGCACCCCUAAAGAACUCGACGCUUCCUACGUGGACCCACUGGGGCCCCUGAUGGAGCGACCAAAGACGGGGGCCAAGGUACGAGUGGAUGACGACGACUUUGCGGACGAAGACCUUGGAGAUGAGCUGCUGCCUGAGUAGCUUCACCACAGUUUGCACAAAUCUUCUUUACAACUACAACUUUUUACAGCUACCUCUUUCCUAAACCUAAACCUGAACCUGAACCUGGACUGGUUUCUGUCCAGUCUUGUGCACAAAACUGCAUUUCAAGACAAAUCUAAGGAAGUAACGCGAGCAUGCUCAGGAGUGGGGUGCGAGCUCACUUCCUGUUUUGCCUCGUUUACGUUUGUAAAAUACAAAGUGCUUUCAUGA